GAGCGCCAGCGGCUGCGGGAGCGUCACCUGCUGCGGGAACACCAGCUUGAGUGGAAGUGUCACUGGCGGUGGGAGCUGCGGCAGCUGCUGGGGUGGGGGCAGCGUGGAGCGCAAUGAGCGCCGUAAGCGGAGGAGCACUGACUCAUCUGCCAGCGUCUCCGGCUCCUUGCAGCAGGUGCGUGUGUGCUCUUCUCGCCUCUUCUCGAAGCGGCUGCGUUUCCGGAAGAAGGUGGGCUAGGAGCGGAAUGUGGCAGCGGGAUGCGGAGCCGGAGGAAGCCAAAUAUCUUUUGCCAACUCUGGAAAAAGAGUUAUUCUUGGCAGAGCACAGUGACCUUGAAGAAGGUGGAUUAGACCUGACUGUGGCAUUAAAACCAGUUAGUUUCUAUAUAUCAGACAAAAAAGAAAUGCUUCAGCAGUGUUUCUGUAUCAUAGGAGAGAAGAAGUUACAGAAGAUGCUUCCUGAUGUGUUAAAGAACUGUUCCAUAGAAGAAAUUAAAAAACUGUGCCAGGAACAGUUAGAGCUCCUGUCUGAAAAAAAAAUCUUGAAGAUUCUUGAGGGUGACAGUGGUAUGGACUCUGAUGUGGAAGAAGAGGCAGAUGAUGGCUCUAAGAUGGGAUCUGAUUUAGUUAGUCAACAAGACAUCUGUGUAGAUUCUACCUCAUCCCUGAGAGAGAACAAGCAACCUGAAGGUUUGGAAUUAAAACAAGGCAAAGGGGAAGAUAGUGAUGUACUCAGUAUAAAUGCAGAUGCUUAUGACAGCGACAUAGAAGGCCCAUGCAAUGAAGAAGCAGCUGCUCCUGAGGUCUCAGAAAAUACAGUCCAAAGUGAAGCUGGUCAGAUAGAUGACCUGGAGAAAGACAUUGAGAAAAGUGUGAAUGAGAUUCUGGGACUGGCAGAGUCUAGCCCAAAGGAACCGAAAGCCGCCACCCUGACUGUUCCUCCACCAGAAGAUGUUCAGCCUUCUGCACAGCAGCUGGAGCUGCUAGAACUUGAGAUGAGGGCAAGAGCUAUUAAAGCCCUAAUGAAAGCUGGUGAUAUAAAAAAGCCAGCCUAGUUUAUUUAAAUUGUAUCUGAAUAUUAGAUGUGUUUGAACAAAGCCACAUCAUAUAAUUUUGUAUCUAAAGUUUAUUUGGGGUCUUACAUGAUAUUUCUCAUGUAACUCUUAUUAGAUAAACUCAUUUUAGGCCUAAAAUACAUGUUUUUGUUGUUGUUGUUACUUUUGUAUUAUACAUGUUAUUGUUUUCUGAAUUCAUGGCAAAUAUCAUUGGGUAACCGGGAUACUUUGUUAGAUGAGUAUUUAGCUAUAUCUGCAAAUUAAUACCAGAAAAGCCAUUAGCAAAGAGUCAUGGUAUUUUUUUCUUUAUUUUGAAAUGUUUUGACAUCAAACCAAAAAGUUUAUGAAAGAUUGACCAAGCAUGUUGCCUUUAGGCUACCUGUAUUUUGCGAUAGAAUAUUAAAUUAUUGCUCCUAGGUUUGUUAACAAUUUAAGAAAUUUAGUUAUGCUUAUAUGCACUUUUAAAAUAUGUACUGCAUUGAAGAUGCCUUCUAUGGGUGUGGACUUGCUAGUAAAAACUGAGUGACAUUUUUGUUACAAGACUUAGAGAUCCAAAAUGGCUGAGAAAAGCUUUCUUUAUAAAAGAGAAAAAGGACUUAAUUUAAAGCAUUUUUUAACAAUGUAGAAGUAAUUGCCCAACUUUAAUUCCAGCAGACAAGUUAUUCUAACAGGUAUUUGAUAUUACUGGACGCUUAGUUCAUUUUUUUUCCUUCAAUAAAAAGGGAAGGGCUUCCCCGGUGGCGCAGUGGUUGAGAGUCCGCCUGCCGAUGCAGGUGACACGGGUUCGUUCCCCG